AUCCUCCAGCUUGGAAAAUUAUUAAACGGAUGUGACUGCAAAUGCGAAUCGUACAUUACGAAUUUACUAGCGAUUUUACUAACAUGCCAAUUAUUCAGUAUCCGAUCAUUGUAGUAAAUGCAUGAUGUGUGCUGCGAUGCUUCAACAUAUUUUAUCAUGAUUUGAAACAAUGUUUCACAUGAGGUAGUCCCAGACGAAAGGGGUGUUUCCUUUCAUGAGGAAGAAAGGGCUUCUUCCGUAUAAGUCUAUGGUCUGUACUGGAGCGAGAAGCCCGGGCAUGUCGAUGCGGAUGCUUGCUUAAACUUACACUAUAAUUUACUCUCUUCGUUUCAAAAAAGGCUGGUACGGGUUUGAUAUGUGUGGGCGAACUGCUUGCACCCUUGCACCAGAUGAGAUUAGCCGGGCCUCUGGUUACCGGGACCGUACCGGGCAGAGACGCAGGCCACAGUGGAGGGACGGAGACCCAGACAAGUAUAGGCCAUCCUACAACAAGAGCCCCCAAUCCAACAGUCCAGUGUUGCUGUCCCGCAAGCACUUUGACAAGGAAGCUCCAGUAGAUGACUGUGUCCUGGCUGCAAUGCGUUGGGGCCUUGUGCCAUCCUGGUUUAGAGAGAAUGACCCAAACAAGAUGCAAUACAGCACCAACAACUGCCGCAGCGAGAGCCUCCUGGAGAAGAAGUCCUACAAGGACCCCCUGCUGAAAGGCCAGCGCUGUGUCAUCUUGGCAGAUGGAUUCUAUGAAUGGAAGCGGGAAAACGGCAAGCAGCCGUUUUUCAUCUACUUCCCUCAGAGCCAGGGGCAGGGGCCCCUGGGGGCCACAGAGGGCUCGGUGCUAGGAGCAUCAUGUCAGGACUCGGAAAACCUGGAGUCCAAGGAAGAGUCAUCAGCCCAGGGAGAGCAGGAGGACAGUGAUUGGACAGGCUGGCGUUUACUGACCAUUGCAGGGCUUUUUGAUCGCUGGAAGCCCCCCGGUGGUGGAGAGGCACUUUACACCUAUACCGUCAUCACUGUGAACGCUUCUCCGAACUUGCAAAGCAUCCAUGACCGGAUGCCAGCAGUGCUAGAUGGUGAAGAGGAGGUGAGGCGUUGGCUGGAUUUCGGGGAGGUCCGGUCAUUAGAUGCCCUCAAAUUACUGCAGCCCAAGGACACCCUGACUUUUCACCCUGUCUCCUCCUUUGUCAACAACUCACGCAAUAACUCCCCUGAGUGCCUACAACCUCUGGAACCUGGGAAUAAAAAGGAGCCCUGUCCGUCAGCCAGUAGUAAGAUGAUGAUGAGCUGGCUCCAGACCGCUACACCUGGGAGGAAGAGGAAGGAGACGGAGGAGGAUGCCGAAGUGAAAGACGAGCAGGGCAAGUCCACCAAAGGAGUGGGUCCGCUACAGAAAUGGCUGGUAAAUUCUGAUACCAACAAGAGGCCCAAGAAUACUUAAGUGGAAAGGAUUUAUUAAAUUUCCUUUGCCAUGUUUAGAUGUGAGUGGCUGUGUUGUAUAUGCCUGAAUCAUAUAAAAAGUACUUAUGCUAUUCAUAAAAUGAAAAAUGUAUAUAUUUAUAUAUACACACACACCACGUAUGCACCUACACAGGAGGAUGACCAGGAAGUAAGUAUGUAUUAUACCUGCACAUUCAAAAAACAUCAAAAAUAUAUACUUGGCCAAUAGAGCUGGAGGUACUCCACAGGAAAUCAUGACAUCUUUUGUUAUUGUGUAUGGAAUAACCACAGUGAAACUACACCGAAAAUAUUUGAAGAAAUUAUGGAAAAUCUGUUUAACUUGAAAAACUAAAAUGCAUAAGGUCUUGUGUCCUAAAAGUGAAAGAACAUUUUAUGUAUAUUUUCUUUUUAAAACUGAUGUUUAUCCAACCAUCAAAGUGAAAUAAGUGAAUAAAAAUGGGUUUAAAGCCA